GGCUGCUCUGGCUCUGGAAGGUUCUGCCGAGAUCCUGGGCACCAAGAGGUGUUGGUGGAAUGAGCGUUGCGUGUGUUUUGAAGAGAAAAGCAGUACUCUGGCAGGACUCGUUCAGCCCCCACCUGAAACAGCACGCUCAAGAUACAGCUAAUCCCAACAUGCCUGUUGUAUUGACAUCUGGAACAGGGUCCCAGGCUCAGCAACAGCCAGCUGCAAAUCAGGCGCUUGCAGCAGGGACACACUCCAGUCCUGUUCCUGGAUCCAUAGGAGUUGCAGGCCGCUCCCAGGACGACGCCAUGGUGGAUUACUUCUUCCAGAGGCAGCAUGGUGAGCAGCUUGGGGGAGGAGGAAGUGGUGGAGGCGGCUAUAAUAACAGCAAACAUCGCUGGCCUACUGGGGAUAACAUUCAUGCAGAACAUCAGGUGCGUUCCAUGGAUGAACUGAAUCAUGAUUUUCAAGCGCUUGCUCUGGAAGGACGGGCUAUGGGAGAGCAGCUGUUGCCGGGUAAAAAGUUUUGGGAAUCUGAUGAUUCCAGCAAAGAUGGACCAAAAGGGAUAUUUCUGGGAGAUCAGUGGAGAGACAGUGCUUGGGGAACAUCAGAUCACUCUGUUUCCCAACCAAUUAUGGUUCAGAGAAGACCUGGUCAGGGGUUUCAUGUGAAUAGUGAAGUCAACUCAGUGCUUUCACCACGAUCAGAGAGUGGAGGACUUGGAGUUAGCAUGGUGGAGUAUGUGUUGAGCUCAUCUCCUGGAGAUUCCUGCCUAAGGAAAGGAGGAUUUGGGCCAAGGGAUGCAGAGAAUGAUGAGAAUGACAAAGGGGAUAAGAAAAAUAAGGGCACGUUUGAUGGCGAUAAAUUAGGAGAUCUGAAGGAGGAGGGGGAUGUGAUGGAUAAAACAAAUGGUUUGCCUGUGCAGAAUGGAAUUGACGCAGAUGUCAAAGACUUCAGCCGUACACCUGGUAAUUGCCAGAACUCUGCUAGUGAAGUAGAUCUUCUGGGUCCAAACCAGAAUGGAUCAGAGGGCUUAGCCCAGCUGGCAAGUACUAAUGGUGCCAAGCCAGUGGAGGAUUUCUCCAAUAUUGAGUCCCAGAGUGUCCCUCUGGAUCCCAUGGAGCACGUUGGCAUGGAGCCUCUUCAGUUUGAUUAUUCUGGCACUCAAGUACCUGUGGACUCGGCCGCAGCCACCGUGGGGCUCUUCGAUUACAAUUCCCAACAGCAGUUGUUCCAAAGACCGAAUGCACUUGCUGUUCAACAACUAACAGCAGCGCAGCAGCAGCAGUACGCGUUGGCAGCUGCCCAUCAGCCUCACAUAGCAGGUUUAGCUCCUGCUGCCUUUGUCCCCAAUCCGUACAUCAUCAGUGCCGCUCCACCGGGAACAGAUCCGUACGCAGCCGGGCUUGCAGCAGCUGCGACAUUAGGUCCGGCGGUUGUUCCUCACCAGUACUAUGGAGUUACGCCCUGGGGAGUUUAUCCUGCCAGUCUCUUCCAGCAGCAAGCUGCCGCGGCUGCCGCUGCAACUAAUUCAGCAAAUCAGCAGACCACUCAGCAAACCCAGCAGGGCCAACAACAGGUUCUCCGCGGAGGAGCCAGUCAGCGUCCUUUGACCCCAAAUCAGAACCAGCAGGGACAGCAGACUGAUCCACUGGUGGCUGCUGCAGCCGUCAAUUCUGCCCUUGCCUUUGGACAAGGGCUGGCAGCGGGGAUGCCAGGUUACCCGGUGCUGGCUCCUGCUGCUUACUACGACCAAACAGGUGCUCUCGUGGUGAAUGCAGGGGCCAGGAACGGCCUGGGGGCCCCCGUCCGUUUGGUAGCCCCUGCUCCAGUCAUCAUCAGCUCCUCUGCGGCGCAAGCAGCGGUUGCAGCGGCUGCAGCUUCGGCCAACGGUGCAGCGGGUGGCCUGGCAGGAACGACAAACGGACCAUUUCGCCCUCUAGGAACUCAGCAGCCCCAACCCCAGCCCCAGCAGCAGCCCACCAACAACCUGGCAUCCAGCUCGUUUUACGGCAACAACUCUCUCAGCAGCAAUUCCCAGAGCAGCUCACUCUUUUCUCAGGGCUCUGCCCAGCCUGCCAACACUUCCCUGGGAUUCGGAAGCAGCAGCUCUCUUGGUGCCACGCUGGGGUCUGCGCUGGGAGGGUUUGGGACAGCAGUUGCUAACUCCAACACGGGCAGUGGCUCCCGCCGAGACUCCCUUACAGGGAGCAGUGACCUGUACAAGAGGACAUCCAGCAGUUUGACACCUAUAGGACACAGUUUUUAUAAUGGCCUUGGGUUCUCCUCCUCUCCUGGACCUGUGGGAAUGCCUCUGCCCAGCCAAGGACCUGGCCACUCUCAGACUCCACCGCCUUCCUUAUCUUCACAUGGAUCAUCUUCAAGUUUAAACCUGGGAGGGCUCACAAACGGGAGUGGCCGUUACAUCUCUGCUGCUCCUGGAGCUGAAGCCAAGUACCGCAGCGCAAGCAGUGCCUCCAGCCUCUUCAGCCCCAGCAGUACGCUCUUCCCUUCAUCUCGCUUGCGCUAUGGCAUGUCUGAUGUUAUGCCCUCUGGCCGAAGCAGGCUGCUUGAAGACUUUCGCAAUAACCGGUACCCUAAUUUACAGCUGAGGGAGAUUGCUGGGCACAUCAUGGAGUUCUCCCAAGAUCAGCAUGGAUCCAGGUUUAUUCAGCUGAAACUGGAGCGUGCUACCCCAGCAGAACGUCAGCUUGUGUUCAACGAGAUCCUCCAGGCAGCUUAUCAGUUGAUGGUCGAUGUAUUUGGAAAUUACGUCAUCCAGAAGUUCUUUGAAUUUGGCAGCCUGGAACAGAAGUUAGCCUUGGCAGAACGUAUCCGUGGGCACGUUCUGUCCCUGGCUCUGCAGAUGUACGGCUGUAGGGUGAUCCAGAAGGCCCUUGAGUUUAUUCCCCCAGACCAGCAGGUAAUUAAUGAGAUGGUACGGGAGCUGGAUGGCCAUGUCCUGAAGUGCGUGAAAGACCAGAACGGUAAUCAUGUGGUGCAGAAGUGUAUUGAGUGUGUGCAGCCUCAGUCCCUGCAGUUUAUCAUUGAUGCGUUUAAGGGACAGGUUUUUGCGUUGUCUACGCAUCCAUAUGGCUGUCGUGUGAUUCAGAGGAUCCUCGAGCACUGUCUUCCUGAGCAGACCCUUCCCAUCUUGGAGGAACUUCACCAACACACCGAGCAGCUCGUUCAGGAUCAGUAUGGGAACUAUGUUAUCCAGCAUGUACUAGAACAUGGUCGGCCUGAGGAUAAGAGCAAGAUUGUAGCAGAAAUUAGAGGCAACGUGCUCGUGUUGAGUCAACAUAAAUUUGCUAGCAACGUGGUGGAGAAAUGUGUUACUCACGCCUCCCGUACGGAGCGUGCCAUGUUGAUCGAUGAGGUGUGCACUAUGAAUGAUGGCCCUCACAGUGCCUUAUACACCAUGAUGAAAGAUCAGUACGCCAACUACGUGGUACAGAAGAUGAUCGAUGUGGCAGAACCAGCUCAGCGGAAGAUUGUCAUGCACAAGAUCCGGCCUCACAUCGCUACCCUGCGUAAAUACACCUACGGCAAACACAUUUUGGCCAAGCUGGAGAAGUACUACAUGAAGAACGGGGUGGACCUAGGGCCCAUUUGUGGACCACCGAACGGUAUCAUUUGAGGCAGCAAACUGGGGAGGAGCUCACUGGCCAUCCGGCACCUACAACCAGCAACCGACAAUAUUCCAAUAUACAGUUAGAAAAUGUUUUAUGGUUGCUAAACUGCUAAAAAAGAAAAAAGAAAAGCCUUUGUAAAUUUCUUUAAUUUUAUUAUGCAUAACAUGUACUAAUUAUUUUUUUUAAUUAACUAAUUGCCCUGCUGUUUUACUGGUGUAUAGAAUACUUGUACAUAGAUAUCAAAUGUACAUGGAAGGCCACAUUUUUGUUCACUGUUGUAUCUAUAUUCCAAAUGUGGAAACUUUCAGGGUGGUUGGUUUGAAGAAAACAAACAAAAAAACCCGUUUUUUAAUUCAUCUGCCUUGCAGGCAACUUUUUUGCAAAUACCUGUUUUUUCUCCUUUUAGUCAAAAGUCAGCAAGAAGUUUGAAUUUUAGUUAAAUGGCACAAAGGACGCAUUUAACGCUGUUUAUAAAUAUAUAAAAAAAAAUUCAACUUGCUAAAGCUUCAGUUUAAAAAAAAAAAGAAUUAAGUUUUUGAAACUUUUUAAUUGCCUUUUUUUUUUUUUUUUCUUUUUUUUGAGUAUAACAUGCUAAAGGAGGUAGCUUAGCUGUCGUUUUUGGGAAGAAAACGUACACACCCAGAAAGUUUUUAAA